AUGCAAAGAUCUUCUCGUAUGCAACGUGAACUGAGCAUUCUAAAAAAAGAGCCACCGCCUGGAAUCUCCUGUUGGGCGAUUGAUGGUCAAAUUGACAAACUCCAAGCAGGUUUUUGAGUUUAAGUCUUUCUCCCUAAUGCACAAUAAUCUCCCACGCCAUCAAAGUGUAUACAAUCCUGAAAAUUUGAUAGCGAAAAAUUUGCUAUAUGUCUUAUUUUUCAGAAAUUUUAGGUUCAAAAGACACCCCUUAUAAUGGAGGCUGUUUUAGGCUGGAAAUACAAAUUCCCGAGAGGUUUGUUUGAAAUGGCAGUAUUUCCGUAGUUCAAAUAGGGUUCUAAUCAGAAGGGGGUCCUAGCACCACUGUACACAACUUUCAGUACCCACCUAUCUUCAAAUAAGUGGGAAGUAAUGGAGUUCUCUAUCAUUUUUGACCCUUUUCACGUUAGGAUUGGUAUUAAUAUCCAUCACACUGCUUUCUUUACACUGGUGAUCAUUUCCUUUAUACUCGAGACCUUUACAUUAAUUCAAGGGUGAUACUGUCUGGAGAAAUUAUACACCAAUCACUUAAAGGGGUUAAAGGGAAUUAAUUUUUUGCCUGGCUACUAUGUUAAGGAUGCCCUAGUUGUUAAAAAUAUAACAAAACCUUCUUGUGAAACAUAACUUUUCCUGAUUUUUCUAUAUUCAAAAUUAUUUCAUCAGGCAAGUUAAGACAUAUUACAUACUUUGUGGCUAAUUCUACCACAAUGUAAAGGAUUUCAUUUUAUGAUGAAAAUUAAUUGAACUUCAUUACCUACAGGUAUCCAUUUCAUCCUCCUAAAGUUCGCUUUGUCACAAAGAUCUAUCAUCCCAAUAUUGAUGGAAGUGGUCGGAUCUGUCUUGAUACACUUCAGAUGCCUCCGAAGGUGAUUGCAUAAUAAUGACAGAUUUAUUUUAACCAUGAUAAUAUCAGUUUAACUGUACCACUGAAGCUUCCAUACAGAAUGUGCAGAUUGUGAAUCUGAAACCAUGGAGUUUUCGUUUUCUCCUUAACUAGGAAGUCACUGACACUGACUGCAUUUUUAGACCCAAAAAACUUACAUAGCCCUUCUAAAAUUACCUUACAAUGGCUGCUCACCUGUGAGGUAAAUUAGUCUUAUUCCCUUCUUUUCCAUUUGUUUAGUUAUACCACUGAAUUAUGAAAAAUCAAAUUAAAUUUUGAGAUCCACUGUUAUGUAGAGCUUUCAACAUAUGAGUGUUUUACAGAGCUUGCAUUUUCAUUAUUUUCCUUUUUUCAUGUUUUUCAGGGAGCUUGGAAACCAGCAUGGAACAUUUCCACUGUGCUGACAUCAAUCCAGCUUCUUAUGGCAGAACCAAACUCUGAUGAUCCUCUUGUAUCAGAAAUUGUAAUGAAUAUUGCCAAAUACACAAUAUUUAAUCAAUAUUCUUAUUACAUAAUUGUGCACAUAAUUUACAAUGGCUGUUUUUGUUCACUUUUUCAGUCUGAUGAGUAUAAAUACAACAGACCACAGUUCAUUAAAAAAGCAGAGGAAUGGACCCAGAAAUUUGCAGCCGGUCAGAAAGUAUCAGCUGCAUCAGUUAAGGUGCUUAUUAAUUUUCAAUAACAUGUUCACAAUGCCAAUAGGACCAAGUAGGGUCCCACUUGGUUUUCAGUCACACAAUUGAUCAACAAAAUUGGAUGAUUGCAAAGCUGCAGUCUUAUAUGAUAAUCAUGGGUAUUUGGCUAUUGACUGAAUAGGUCUUCAGGUUGUGCAAGCUAUUAAUUAUAACACUUACAAUUUAUAAAAAAAAUAUAUACAUAUAUAUAUUUUUUUUAUGAAAAGAAGGGCUUGUAAUUCCAAUCUUUUGUCACUUCAUCAUUACACUCUUUGACAAAAGCAGAAUCUAAAGAAGAAAGGGAAAUGAAUUGCACUUUUCCUUCAAUAAUAUUAUCCUGUCCGCUCACAGGAGCAACCAAUGAGUGAUUUCUGUCAGAGCGUAAUAUCAAUACUUUGCUGAUCAGACAGACAGUGACGGUAGAGAGAAAAGUUUACUAUGUCUGGCAGAGUCACAGUGAGAAGAAUUAAUGUAGAGAUCCUGGAGGUGAAAGGAACAUGAUUAUUGAUGAUUCGGCAGCUGGUUUUUAAUGUAACAAGUCACUCCUCAGAUGGAACACUCGGCAUGACUUAAUUUUUGUAGAAAAGCUUUGUGGGAGUUUCUUGGGGCUAUGUUUGUGUGAUUCACUUUUUUGGUUUCUUUUUUUAGAUCUAUGUACGUCUUUUAGUGUGCAAGAUCCUAAAUAAACACCUACCUUGAUGAAUCAUUAUUGUGUCUAACUUAAUCAAAAUUUCCCUGAAAAUGCCGUUUUAUUAACAGGAUUCACUGACUGGGGCAAACAAAGAAGCUGAGGACAACAGCAACUCAGAGAGUGACACCAGUGAUGAGGAUGAAAAUGAAAACAAACCUCCUACCCACCCCACCCAGGGUGUCAAGAGAGCAGCACCUGCCCAACUCCCAGGAAAAACCAAGACACUCAGACCAAUUAAUUAUUAGACAAGUUUGGAAAGGAACUGGAAUUGGAAUUAAUGUUUUGCAAAAUUAUCAAUGUAAGGGGUUGUACACCUUUGUUUUGUAAGCUCUUUAUAAUGCAUGAUUAGAUUAUAAAUAAAGAAUGUUGCAGAAUGCUAUACAAUAUAUUU